AUGACUAUCUCUCAAUUACUUAAAGAGAGAGUUAGAUAUGCUCCAUAUUUGAAAAAAGUUAAACUAGCAGAUGAAUUAAUUCCAUUAUUUAAACAUGGUCAAAAUUUAGGUUGGUCAGGUUUCACAGGUGUCGGUACACCAAAAGCUGUGCCUGAGGCUCUAGUAAGACACGUUGAGAAAAACAAUUUACAAGGAAAAUUAGCUUUUAAUUUAUUUGUUGGUGCUUCAGCAGGUCCAGAAGAAGAUGCUUGGGCAACUCAUGACAUGAUUCUAAGAAGAGCCCCACAUCAAGUUGGUAAACCAAUAUCAAACGCAAUUAAUGAUGGUAGAAUACAAUUCUUUGAUAAACAUUUAUCAAUGUUUGCUCAAGAUUUAACUUACGGGUUUUAUACAAAGGAUAGAACUGAUCCACAUGCUUAUCUAGACUAUACAAUUAUUGAAGCAACCGCAAUUAAAGAAGAUGGUUCAAUUGUACCAGGUCCCUCUGUUGGUGCAUCUCCUGAAUUUAUUUCUUGUAGUGAUAAAGUUAUCAUUGAAGUUAAUACUGCAACACCAUCUUUUGAAGGUUUACAUGAUAUUGAUAUGCCUGUAAACCCACCUUUUAGAAAACCUUAUCCUUAUGUUAAUGUUACCGAUAAAGGUGGUUUAGAUUCUAUUCCAGUUGACCCUGAAAGAGUCGCCGCUAUUGUGGAAAGUACCACAAGAGAUAUUGUCGGUCCAAAUACUCCAUCUGAUGCAAUGUCAAAGGCAAUUGCAAGUAAUUUAGUCGAUUUCUUUAGACAUGAAGUUAAAAUGGGUAGAUUACCUGAAAAUUUACAUCCUUUACAAAGUGGUAUUGGUAAUGUAGCAAAUGCAGUUAUUGAAGGUUUAACUGAUGCUAAUUUUAAACAUUUAACAGUUUGGAGUGAAGUUCUUCAAGAUUCCUUCUUAGAUUUAUUUGAUAAUGGUACUUUAGAUUAUGCCUCUGCAACUUCUGUAAGACUUACAGAGGAUGGAUUUAAAAGAUUAUUUGCAGAUUGGGAAAAUUUUAAAAAUAAACUAUGUUUAAGAUCUCAAGUUGUUUCAAAUAAUCCAGAAUUGAUUCGUCGUUUUGGUGUUAUUGCAAUGAAUACACCUGUUGAAGUUGAUAUUUAUGCUCAUGCUAAUUCAACUAAUGUUAAUGGUUCAAGAAUGUUACAUGGUUUAGGUGGUUCAGGUGAUUUCUUAAGAAAUGCUAAAUUGUCUAUCAUGCAUACACCAUCAGCUAGACCAACAAAGACUGAUCCAACUGGUAUUUCUACUAUUGUACCAUUUGCAUCCCAUAUUGAUCAUACUGAACAUGAUUUAGACGUAUUAGUUACCGAUCAAGGUUUGGCUGAUUUAAGAGGAUUGUCUCCAAAGGAAAGAGCUCGUGAAAUCAUUAACCAAUGUGCUCAUCCAGAUUAUAAGGAUUUGUUAACUGACUAUUUAGAAAGAUCAGAACAUUAUGCAGCUAAAAAGAAAGCUUUACAUGAACCACAUAUGUUAAAGAAUGCUUUUAAAUUCCAUAAUAAUUUAGUAGAAAAAGGUACUAUGAAAGUUGAUGCCUGGGACCCUGUUGAGUAA